AUGACACAAUUUUUACCACCAAAUUUAUUAGCACUAUUUGCUCCGCGUGAUCCAAUACCAUAUUUACCACCAGUUAGCAAACUUCCGCAUGAAAAAAAGAAUGGAGGAUACCUCGGCGUCGGAAAUUUUCUCAAAUACUUUGAGGACCCGAAAGAUACACCACCACCGCUUAGAGUUGAGACACGGGAAGAACGUCUAGAACGUCGGAGACGUGAACGUGCUGAACAAGUUGCUUAUAAACUUGAGCAAGAAAUAGCGGUCUGGGAUCCAGCAGCUAUUCCUAAUGUUACUGCUGAUCCUUUUAAAACUUUAUUUAUUGCACGAAUUAUCGUUGUUAUCCACAACACAGUCAAUGGAAAACCAAGAGGGUACGCAUUCAUUGAGUAUGAACACGAAAGGGACAUGCACUCUGCGUAUAAACAUGCGGAUGAUGGCCGCAGAGUGUUGGUGGAUGUUGAACGUGCAAGAACGGUUAAAGGAUGGCUACCACGUAGACUUGGUGGUGGUCUUGGUGGUACACGUAGAGGAGGUCCUGAUGUCAAUAUCAAGCACUCUGGUAGGGAGGAUAACGAAAGGGAACAACGUCGAAGAUCGCGUGAACGUAAACGAAGAUCGCGUAGUAGAUCUCGCGAGCGUAAACGUAGACGUAGUCGCGACCGCGCCGCCGAGCCAGAGGUCGAGGAAAUACAGAGAGAAGAGCGGACUCGCGAUCGACGUGAGCGUGAUAGAGAUCGUUCGGACCGUGACAGAGACCGUAAGCGCAGACGAUCGCGAAGCAACGAUCGCAGCGAUCGCGAUCGUGAUCGUGAACGUAAGAGAGAAAAGCGUGAUCGCGAACGCCGGGAUCGUAAGGACCGCGAACGCGUUCCUGAUGAAGACACUAAAGAAAUUCGUGUCAAAGAAGAACCUAUUGACGAUUAUCCGGAGUAUAAUAAUACUUACUCAUCUACGACACCUUACUUUGCUCAAGUAAAGUAUGAAGACGACAAUGAAGUUGAAGAGAAGUAUAGAAUUCCAGAGAAUCGUAGUGAUCAACCUCCGUAUAAUUAUGAUUCCGUACCAGAAUAUCAUUAA